GUGUGGAUGUUGCAUCCUUCUCCUCCUUCUCUUCCCGGUUCCGCGUGCCAUGGCGCUCUUCGAGCAGAUGCGAGCGAAUGUGGGGAAGCUGCUGAAGGGCAUCGAUAGAUAUAACCCAGAGAACCUGGCCACGUUGGAGCACUAUGUGGAGACCCAGGCCAAAGAGAACGCCUAUGACUUGGAGGCCAACCUGGCUGUGCUCAAAUUGUAUCAGUUUAACCCUGCCUUAUUCCAAACCACAGUGACUGCCCAGAUCCUCCUGAAGGCCCUGACCAAUCUGCCCCACACAGACUUCACACUCUGCAAAUGUAUGAUUGACCAAGCGCAUCAAGAAGAGAAACCAAUCCGUCAGAUCUUAUACUUGGGUGAGCUGUUGGAGACAUGCCACUUUCAGGCUUUCUGGCAAGCAUUGGAUGAGAACAUAGCUCUCCUGGAUGGGAUCACGGGAUUUGAGGACUCUGUUAGGAAAUUUAUCUGUCACGUAGUUGGGAUCACGUACCAACACAUCGACCGCUGGCUUCUAGCCAAGAUGUUGGGUGACCUCACAGACAACCAACUCAAGUCUUGGAUGAGCAAAUAUGGCUGGACAGAGUCAGAGCCUGGGACGAUCUUUAUCUGCAACCAGGAGGAGAGCAUCAAGCCCAAAAACAUUGUGGAGAAGAUAGACUUUGAUAGUGUCUCAAGUAUCAUGGCAUCUUCGCAGUAAGAAAGCACCUUCCACAGAUUCUCACUUGUUGCUCAUUGGAUUUAUUUGAAAUAUUUUCAAAACAUUGGU